AUGCACCUCUUUUCUCCUCUUACUAAACAUAGAUCUGAAAAUGACAAUCCAGAAUUCUGUCAGAUAUCUGAAAAGCUUAAAAUUGAUCAUGAGCGGGAGUAUGCGAAUAAGUUUUCUGAAGGUCUGAUGGGAGUAAUUUUAAACACGAGACUGACUUUAGCUUGA